AUGCUUUUGUGUGGGAUCAUAAACGAAUUGAUCAACUCUACCGUCGCUUCUGAGAACACGAUCAUCUAUUUCUUUUGCCAGGCAACCGACGAAAAAUUGAAUAAUGCCGCUGGCGUUCUUCGUGGAUUGAUAUACAUGCUAGUCGAUCAGCACCCAUAUCUUAUCUCCCAUCUGCGAUGGGAAUAUGACAAGGAUAAAAGAAUCUUUGAAGAUCGUCGAAAUUCCUGGGAGACGCUCUCAAGGAUCUUUAUCAAAAUCCUUGAAGAUCCAACUUUGCAGAAGAUUCAAAUACAUGUCAUGGUUGACGCCCUAGAUGAAUGCACGACUGACCUGAGCCUUCUUCUCGAAUUUAUCGUCCAUAUUCAAUCUUCAAAUACGAACGGCAAAUGGAUUGUCACAAGUCGCAACGAGACAUCGAUUGAAGAGAUUCUCGAUACCCAUGAGAUCACAUCCAAAAAAGGAAAUUUGUCGCUUGAGCUCAACGAACAUUCUGUGUCCAGGGCCGUUGAAUAUUUCAUCAAUUUCAGGGUUCAGACAUUAUCGAAAAGAAAGAGAUACUCUCCAGGUACUCGGGAUGCCGUUGUCCAACAUUUGCUAUCGAAUGCGCAUGGAACGUUUCUGUGGGUGGCCUUAGUCUGUGACGAACUUCUCAAUCCUAGGCUUUCGAACCUGCAAGUUCCGAAAAGGUUGAAACAAUUCCCUGCUGGUCUAGACAGACUCUACGGACGGAUGCUAGAACAGAUAGAAGACGAUUCUGGCUCUGAAAUCUGCAAGUAUAUACUUAGUAUCACUGCCACAGUGUAUCGGCCUAUUACGUUGGAAGAGCUAAGCUGCUACAUCGAAUUUUCCGAGGAAGAUGAUAUCUCAUAUCUAUCGCAACUGAUCGGUCUCUGUGGCUCUUUUCUUACCCUUCGAGGAUCUACAAUUUCCUUGUUACAUCAGUCUGCGAAAGACUUCAUACAUCAGAAGGCCGUCGACAAAAUCUUCCCCUAUGGACCAGCCAAAGUUCAUCAUGACAUUUUCUCCAAGUCAUUGAAAGCUAUCAACACAACGCUGCGACGUGACAUUUAUGGUCUCAUACGCCCUGGGUAUAUGAUAGAGAAAGUUGAACAGCCAAACUCGGACCCACUAGCGGCAGUAGGAUACUCGUGCAUCCACUGGGUCGAUCAUCUUAAGGCCUGCUCUCAGUUUCGUGCGGAAUUUCCAGAUGAUUUUGCUGAAGGCGGAACAGUCGAUGAGUUCUUCCGCAAGAACUACCUUAAUUGGCUGGAAGCUAUUUCCCUACUGAGAAGUGUAUCGAAGGGGAUAACAUCAAUCCUCAAGCUCGAGGACAUGAUCGAGGUAUGUAUAUAG